AUGAGGUCACAACUUCGUAAAUUUUGCACCCUUUUAUUUGCUAUUCUUCUUCUAUGGCCUCCUCCAUUGAUUUUGAGAGAAGAAAAUGUUGAAGAUGAAUUGGAGUGGGGGCGAAGAGGUCGAGGAAGAGGUCGAGUGGCGCGUAUCAGAGGACGCGAUGGUAGAAUUAGGCGUUCCGAAGAUAUCGGACAUGAAGAGUUUCUACGGCGCCAGGCGGAGGAGGAGCAGGAGGAGGAGCAGCAGGAGGAGGAGCUUGUGCCGGAGGUGCAACCUGUGGUGCAGCCUGUGGUGUGGCCUGGAGGACCGAUUGAUACUAGUCUUCUGACACGGUAUCAUGAGCACGUUGCUCGUCAUGUAUGGUUUGGCGAGGAACGUCAUGGACCAAGAAUUGAAUUAAAGAUAGCAUCUCUCGGUGGCAAACUGGCCGAAUGGGUUCCUGAUCAACAUCCACGAUAUGUUGAAGGUUGGAUGACUGCAUCUGGGUUGAGAUCACUUGAGCGGACCAGUUUGAACAAGGUCGAUCCGAAUCUUAUAUCCGCGUUUGUUGAGAGAUGGCACCCAGAGACAUCGUCAUUUCACAUGUCGUUCGGUGAAAUGACAAUUACACUGGAUGAUGUUGCAUGUUUGUUGCAUAUUCCUAUUAGGGGUGACUUUUACACACCGUCAUCGUUCACAGAGGAAGAAGCUGCGGCACUUGCAGCUGAAUUGUUGGGUGUCAGUCUUCAGUGUGCGGCCAGAGAGACAAGAAAGCAGCGAGGUGGAUAUUUUUCUCAACAAUGGCUAUUUGAUAACUACAUAAGGCAGUGUGAAGUUGAGAAUUAUUGA